AGCGUUUAUUAAAAGCGCAGAACUCGUGAGCUACGGACGUGUUUCUGCUACGCUCGAGCGCCUCGCUCGUCUAAUCUUCUGCUGUCUUCGUCUCCGUUACAGUCUCCGGCGCAUCUCGCUCGCAGCGAUUGCGAGUCGUGAAAUCGUGUCACAAUUGAUUGAAUUUUGUGUGCAAGUCGCAACAGCUAAAAUAAAUACGGGAAAAAAAAUUAAUAUUACAUAUUAUUUGUAUUUGGCAAUAAGGUUUCUUGUGUGCACACGCCGGUGCAGAUUGCGUCGUUCGCGUCGUCGCGUUGCCGAUUUUGUCAUCCCUGACAGCAUCAUUUCGUACGGUUGGCUUUUGUUUUGCAUCAUUGUUAUUCUGCCUACGCGCUAAUUAUUCCUCGCGGCUUUUGGGCAAUGCCCAAUUCUAAAAUUUCGGUUGCGUGACAAAUUCGAACACCAAAAAUCCUACAGCGACAACAACAACAACAACAACAACUGAAAAACUUAGACGAGUUCGAAUUUCGAGUUGCCAAAACCGAAAAUGCAAAUGCGCAGUUUUAAGUCCGAGCAGCGCAGUCGCGCAGGCGCCGGUAUAACCGUUACGCUGCUGCUAGCUCUGGCGCUGCUGAAGAUCGACGCCGCAGCUGGGAGGCCUGAUGUUCGGCAAUCGCCAUUUUCAUUAGAAUUGCAGCCGCCAUUGCUUGAGGCUGCCGCAGACGAUGCGUUCAAGGCGGGCGGCGAUCGGACCAUUGAUAGCUAUGGCAAUCCCAUUGAUGCACUGCGUCCGAUCGACACGCCCGACGGGCGCAAGGUGGUCAGCGCUCAGGGCCUGCAAUUCGAGAUACCCAAUUAUGCGUCCGGCAUAACCGCGAUACGAAAGCCUGCAGAUGACCUGCUGCCACCGCACAUUGGUGAGUUGACAACAACAACAACAACAACAGCAACAGCAACAGCAAAGAGUACGGCAGCAGAUGGCAACGCCAGCGGUGCAACGACAACAACAGCAGCAACAACAAAAACAACAACAACAACAACAGCAUCCACAUUGAGCAAAGGCAUAAAUCAAGCACGCAACUCACAAGCGGCAAUAGCAAGUGUCUUAGUAGCACCGCCUCCACUUAGUAGCCUAAUUAGCACCACUAGCAUAAGCUUUAAAGCCACGCCCACAUCCACACCCGCAUCCCGCAUCCCUUCACCCGUAGUAGAACUAACAAAUGCACAUUACGACCCCGAUUCGAACCAUGUCAAGCGCGAAUCAUCUGCACAGCAAUAUGUCAUAGUACCGGCAAGUGCCAAACAUGCACCACCCACCUUUACCCUGCUGACACUCAAUCCAGAGUUCAAGCCCGAAUCCGCACCCAUUAAUAUAAGAGCCGAAGAGCCCAGACCCAAACAGAACAGUUCUAAGCGCAUUGAUAGCAUUGCCGCCACAUACUCAACUCCAAAUCCAACUCCUUCCCAACUAGAUGCCAUAGCGGUGGCGCUACCCACCUCGGACAUCGCCAGCACCGACAACAACACCUCCUCAUUAGCACCAGCACCAGCCACAUCACUAACACCCCCCAAGCAUGAAUCAUCAACUACCUCAGCGGAUGUCUCUGUGGAAGUGGAGCAGGCCCAGCUGAUACCCUUGCCCCAGCAACAGCAGCAAGAGGAAAGUGCCCAGGCGCCUCAGCUGACCGGCGGCACCCUGCCCGACUAUCUCUUGGAGCUGCAGCAGCAGGAUAAGGAUAUUGGCGGACCUGUACCCUGGACACCAGCACCGAAUGGUGCGCCCCUUAGUGUGAUUGCCUGGGAUCUGUUGCCGCCAUUCGAAACGCCCCGAGAGCCACAAACCGAACCACAAAUCAUCACCGAGCAGCAGCCCACAAAGCAUGUGGUGGGCGUGGAGCAGCCGGGCAGUCACAACAUCCGUGUCAGUCUGAGCAGCAGCCAGGGCCUGUCGCCGGUGGCGCCCGCGCCCCUGACGCCGGGUCAGGUGGCUGUUGUGACCGUGGAGCACGAUGGACCCGAUCAGCAUGGCACCAAUGCACAUAUUGGCAGCACCACGCCACGCAACGGCUCAAGAUUUCCCAAUCGCCAUCGCGGCACGGUCCACUAUAGCACAAGCCCAACCACACAGAAGCCGCGCAGUACUUCCACAACCACCGCUGCAACCACCACAGCCACUCCAUCAACCACACAAAGAGUGACCCCCACAACAACCACAACUUCCACAAGUACUACCACCACAACGCCACGCCCACACACGACACUAGCACCCAGCACGAGCACUACACCUGUGGACCCAUCCACCUUCUAUAAGCUGGACAAUGAGGAGGCCUAUGCCUACACAUUGCCACCCUGGCUGCAGGAGGUAACCGAUCCGGAUCUGGAUGUGGCCGUCACCUUUAUUGUGCCCACGGACAAUGAUCAGUACAAUCACAGCCUGGCCGUGGAUCUAGAGCCGCCUUUCGAGCCGUUUGUAGACCUGCACAAUCUUCAGCUGACACCACCGCCCACUGCGGAGCCAGCCAGCACGCGACCCACACCCACACCAACAACCACAUCCACAACGACAACGACAACUACGACCACAACAACAACGACUACAAGACGUCCGUUGGCCGUAGCACAACCAACAGCAGCGCGCACCACUAAAGCACCCAUAUUGAAAGCACAAACCACUCGGCAACCACAACUGAUAACAACCACAAUCCACACAGCUCCAGCGAAGACGAGCACGACGCCAGCGGUGCCUGUUGAGCCGAAUCCCUUUAACUCGGCUACAUUGCCGCCGUGGCUGCAAGAUUUCGAUUAUCCUGAUGUGGGUCCCGGCGUGCCCUAUAAUCCGGACAACUUUAAGGAGACGCCUGUCGCAAGUGGCCAGAAACCGGGCGGUACCAAGCCCAAUGACUUUCAGCCUCAGGGCUUGCCAGCACGCUUCGAUACGCCUGCUUCUGGCCAGGAAACGCAGAUCUCGGCACAGAGCCUAACGCCUACGGCAACGCCACUAGGUACAGCCACCGCUGAGGAACAGUUCCCACCUUUCAAUGGCAAUGCGGCAGACAGUCCGAAGGUUGAGUACACCAAGAGCGAGGAGGGCAAGGUCAUCAGCACACCCGUAAACACGCUGCGCAAGGAUGCGCAAGAAAAUAAUGUGUUCCAAGCAUCCACCGCCGCAUCGCCGGCGGCGGCCAGCAAUACGGGCAAGUAUACGGGCGGUUUUGGCGCACCGGCUGGUCUAUUGCGUCCACAAAGUGCCGCCAAGCCAGACAUCUAUGUCGCCGGCAAUGAGCAUGAGUUCAGUACCAAUGUCAAGGCCAACAAGGUGCGUCCGGGCGCUGUGGCCAAUGCCAAUGGCGGACGCUAUACGGGCGGCUUUGGUGCACCCAGCGGCGUGCUCAGUCCCCAGAAUGCGCCCAGACCCUUCCAGCAAUCGCAACAGCCCCAGCCACAGCCCCAGCUGGUCAGUGCUGCUACCAGCCAUCAUCAGAACCGCUUUGGUGGACCUCCUGGCGUCCUUGUGCCGUAUGACAAUGUGCCGCGUGCCGGUGGGCAGUAAGAGGCAAUUGGGCGUGGCCUUUUCAAUUGCAUGCAACUACUGCAAGUACUUUAAAUUAUUUAUAAAGCAUGUAUGUAUGUUAAAGUUAUGAAAGUUGAAGUUCUCGAUGUAUGAGUAGUUAAAGCGAAUACGAAUUUUGUGUCGAAAUGAAAAAAAAAAAAAA